AUGUCAUCAGUUCCACCUAGCAAGACUUGGUGGAAAUCGAAGACAGUAAAAGUUAAAAGAUCCUAUUCAUCUUUUCCUUUCCUGAAUGCCUGGGAAGAAUUCAGGGGCCUCUUGCCUGUGGAUAGAGAACCAAACCCUGGAGUGGGCCUGGGUGUGGAGGAGGGACUGCUCUGCCAGAUGGUUCAUUCUCCAGAAUUCAACCUGUUUCCUGACUCCGUGGUGUUUGAAAGCAACUUUGUCCAGGUGAAAAAGGGCAGGAACUGGAUUGACAUCUACAAAGCCUCCUACACCAUGGCCCUUGGCGUGACCUCCUCUGUACCCUGCCUGCCCCUUCCCAACAUCCUCCUCAUGGCCAGUGUCAAAUGGCGCCGGGGGCAGAGCCAGACAUGGAACAGACCAUCCAUGGCCCCAAAAAUCAUCUUGAAGAGGAUCCUCCCACUGAAAUUCGUGGAGCUACAAGUCUGUGACCAGCUUCAGCGCAUCCUGCGGUUGAGGACCGUCACAGAGAAGAUCUACUACCUAAGACUGCACUCCGACCAUCCUGAGAUUGUCUUCUACUUCUGGGUCCGACUAGUUCAAAUUCUGCAGCGGGGCUUGUCCAUCACCACCAAAGACCCUAGGAUUCUCAUCACUCACUGUCUGGUACCCAAGAACAGCUGCAGCCCCUCAGGAGACUCUAAGUUAGUACAGGAGAAACUCCAAGCCUCCCAGACCAGCGACAGCCUCAUGCAGUUGAUGGCCAACGAGGAGAGUGAGACCCUCUCUCAGAUUUUUGCCGACUUGCACCAGCACAACCGGUUCAGGAGCAGCAAAAAGACAGAGACCAAAAAGGACAGCUCAGAGAAAGAUGCUUCCUCUGAAGACAGCAUUCCUUGCACCCGUGACCUCAGUUGGAGGGAGUCCUUCACCUGUGGAGAGUGGGAAAGAGAGAACCCCUCUGGGCCGCAGCCCCUCUCACUCCUCAGCACGUUGGCAGCCUCUACGAGGCCACAGCUGACCUUGUUCAUAGGAAAUUCUAUUUGAGCCGCCCUUUCACACUGGGGAGAAUCUAAGCAGCCCUCACCAACACCACUCCACAGCAUUCAACUUCCUGAGGGACUCUGGAUGGAGAGAAGGAGAAAGCUGCAAAGAAGGAAAAUCUAGAAUCAUCUCACACCGGUAGCAUAGCCUUUCCUUGGAGACCCGUUUGGGAACGUGGUUCCAGAUGAGAAGCUUUAUUAACUGUGUGAUCUCACCACCGCACAUCCCCACACCCCACCUCACCUCACCUCACCUCCGCUCCACCACCAGGCAGGCGCAAGAAGACAUGCUCUCUGAAGGGCCAGGACGGAGGGAGAGAGGAAGAAGGAGAGGGAAGCAGGACCAGAGGAGAGGUGGAGGAGAAGAAAAUGGAGGAAAAGAGGGAGGUGGAAGGAGGAAGCCAGAAAAGAAAGGAAAUACAGAGAGGUGGGAAGAGAAGGAAACAGAAGAGACUUGAGAGAGAAGCUGAAGGAAACAAGAGGAGAAAUACACCUCUGAGAGACGCCUUACCAAGCUUCUAUUUAUCUAAUUUAAGACUUGAGAGACCAUAUACCAAAAAAGAACCAUGUUUUCUUCUCUGCUCACACUACUCUGGACAAGUAGGAGGGGCCAGAUAUGAAUUCUAGCCAAGGGCCUCUCCACUUCCCUUUUUGCCAGUUUUUCUUAUUCGUCCCUCUUUUUCUGAUUCAAGCUCGGACCUCCUUCCUUAGUCCAUUGCCUGACUUGGACUUGCUGACCUGGCCCUGGGGUUCCAAAGGGAGGCCUGGGCUUGAGGCCGCGAGAAGGUUCCUGCAGGAGGUAGUCAGACAAGGUGCGUGAGACGGGGAGUUUCUCUUUGGUGGCCAAACUUGCUCAAGUUGCGAAUGUCUCAGCCCGACAAACACUGGCUCCGUUUCUUUUGCGUAUGACGCCCCCUUGCACCGCCAACACACCUUGUAAGUGCUUGGUAAAUGAUCAGUUCCAACGAGAGAACACAGAGGCUCAAAGCUGGAAUAAAAUCAGAGGCUUGUAAAUUAUAGAUCAAGAGAGUCAGUAUGGAGGGUCUGUUAGAUGGCCCAUGGACCAGCCUCUCUCUCACUGUGCAAUAUUUCACAUUCAAUAAAAACCAGACUAUGAGCACUUCAGAAAGGCUGCCCAGUCUUCCCAUUGGAAAGUGUUUUUUGGACAUCUUGCUUUGAUUUAGGAUUUCCCAGG